CUUCACAGUUUCAAGUCAUAGUUUUUAUGUACUGCCAUUUAAAAAGAAUAAGCAGGAAUUUCUUUGCUAUUAACUUAACCUUUCGUUGACUGUUUUCCCUAAGUUACGUUUUUCAAACAUCAUUUGAGUAAAAAAUAAAGAAAUACAACAAUAUUAUUAGUGUGUACUUGUUUCUCAUGAAUAAACAAUCACAAUUAUUGGCAUAAAUUUGAUCAGUAAUCAGGAAGGAAUAAGAAAAAAAUGUCGGAUGAUGAAGACUACAUGUCGGAUAAAUUUUUGCAAGAAACUGAGAAGUGUAAAUCAUCGGGUCUCCUGUAUCAACAUGCAGACAAAAGGACAUUUGAAAUGAUGAAAAAAAAAAUAGAAAUUGAUACUUUGAAAGAAAAAAGUUCCGUGAAAUAUAUCGAACAACAAAAAAGGGAAGAAGGUUUAUCUUCAGCAAUUACAAGUACCAAUAAAGGAUUUGAAUUGCUUAUGAAAAUGGGAUAUAAACCAGGUCAUGGUAUAGGCAAAACAGAAUCAGGAAUGACCGAGCCAAUUGGUCUCGAAGUGAAAUUAAACAGACAUGGUUUAGGAAAAGGUAUUAAGAGAAAAGAAAUGGAAAGUAAAAGUAGUACAGUUAGCGAUAAACUAACUAAUAAAAAUAUGAAGGAUUUUCGUGGUAGAGUCGCUCAGAAAAAAGCAGAACAAUUAUUAAAAGCAGAUCUUUACAAAAGUCAAAAAGUUUGCGAACAAUUAGAUAUGCAACUCAAAAUAGAGAAACCUAUGGAAACAUGGUUUUGGUUGCCUCAAGACACUGAAGAUGAUAGUGAUAGUGAAGAAGAAAUUGAAGAAGAAUCGCUUCCUGAUUCUGAACAAUUAAUAAUCCUUACAAGAUACUUAAGAGAAAAACAUUUUUAUUGUAUAUGGUGUGGAGUAGCUUUUCAUGAUAAAGAUGAUCUAAAAAAUAAUUGUCCUGGAAAUACAAGAGACGACCACUAAAUAUAAGAAUAGAGAUAUGUUUAAAUUCGUUUUAAUCGAAAAUUUAAGUAAUAAAAUAAAUAUAUUAAAAAUUUAUCUAUCAUGUUUUUUACUUAUACUACUUAUUUUAUCAUGCUGCAAGAAACGGUACAAGGCACAAAGGACCGAGGAUCUAAGUAACAUUAGGCAUUUCUUCUAAUAUAACCACCUACUGUGCAUUGAAACAUAAAAAACCCAUUAGAGUCAUAAUGCAAAAUACUGAAAAAGUAAUGCCCUAAGCUGGAAAAAAAUCGAACAGUGUACAAUGUAAAAGCAGGAGAAAGUUAUCCUGGUUCAGCUAGGCUAUUAUGUCCUAGCAGGAGUUCAGCACCCCAAGUUAUUACAUGUAGGAGGGAAAACUACCUAUAAAAGCAUCUGUUUCAUUUUCCGUUCUUCCAUUUCAAUCAAGAUCCUUGACCACAUCUGUACCGCAUUAUAACGAAAUUAAAGAAAACUUUAUUAU